GCCGCUCUGCCCGCGCCCCGCGGCUCCGGCGCCGCCUCCUCCUUGCUCGGCCUGAAGCGCGCUCGCACUCGUGGAUCCCGGUGGGGAAGGGGCCAUGGGCCGCCUCCCCGAGGCGCGGCGGCUGUGAGGCGGCCGGCGCUCGCUCGGGGAGCCGGGGGGAGAGAGGCUGCCGGCGGCCGGCCAGGCUGCGCCGGGGAAGGGAGUGCCGCUCGCAGCCGGCGGCGUUCGCGCAGGCAGCACCUCGGUGCCGGUGACUUGGGGGUGCCGCUCCCCGCCCGCGCCCGGCCGCGGCGGUGGAUGGAUGCGCCAUGGCCACGCUGGUGUGCCGGGUGCAGCUGCUGGAUGACACCGACCCCUUCAACAGCACCAACUUCCCCGAGCCCACCCGGCCGCCGCUGUACACCUUCCGGGAGGACAUCCCGCUCGCCACCCAGCUGGCCGGGGUGCACCGCCUCCUCCGCGCCCCGCAGAAGCUUGAUGACUGCACCCUGCAAUUGUCUCAUAAUGGUACCUAUCUGGAUCUAGAGUCCACCCUAGCAGAGCAAAGAGAUGAACUAGAAGGCUUCCAGGAGGAUGCUGGGAGGGGCAAGAAGCACAGCAUAAUUCUGAGGACCCAGCUCUCUGUGAGAGUCCAUGCCUGCAUUGAAAAACUUUACAAUUCCAAUGGACGGGAACUGAGACGGGCACUUUUUUCCUUGAAACAAAUAUUUCAGGAUGACAAGGACUUGGUUCAUGAGUUUGUUGUUGCUGAAGGUCUGACUUGCUUAAUCAAAGUGGGAGCAGAAGCCGACCAGAAUUAUCAGAACUACAUCCUGAGAGCUUUGGGUCAGAUAAUGCUUUAUGUCGAUGGCAUGAAUGGAGUGAUAAAUCAUAAUGAAACCAUCCAAUGGCUGUACACACUUAUUGGCUCAAAGUUUCGCCUGGUGGUAAAGACAGCACUGAAGCUGCUGCUGGUCUUUGUGGAGUACACAGAAUCCAACGCACCGCUUUUGAUCCAGGCAGUAUCGACCGUGGAUGAAAAGAGAGGAGCCAAGCCAUGGUCCAACAUCAUGGAGAUACUGGAGGAGAAGGAUGGGGUUGAUACGGAACUACUGGUUUAUGCGAUGACCUUGGUUAACAAGACGCUGUCAGGAUUGCCAGAUCAAGACUCUUUCUACGAUGUGGUGGACUGUCUGGAAGAGCUAGGCAUUGAAGCUAUUUCACAGAGACACUUGAACAAGAAAGGAACAGACUUGGACUUAGUUGAGCAAUUUAACAUUUAUGAGGUGACACUGAGGCAUGAAGAUGGAGAUGAGAGUGCUGAGCCCCCUCCCAGCGGGCGCAAGGAUCGGAGGAGGGCCAGCCUUGGUGCUGGUGAGCGCAGGGGGCUGGAGCGCCGGCGGAGCCGCAGGCACUCGGCACAGAACGUCAAGAGCACUUUAUCGGCCCCCGCCAGCCCCUGCGGGCAGUCCAGCUUUGUGCUGAGCCACGGGCAGCGCGUGGAGGAACUCAGUGAGAGAGAGGACGAGUAUGAAGAGGAGGAGGAAGAAGAACAGCCAGUCACAGAGCCCAAUACUGAGGAUGAGGGGGAGGAAGAGGCCAAUAGGCAGGUCAAAGCCAGUGUGGUUCCAGAUGUGCAUGAGGUUGUGAAGGAAAGCUUUUCACAGUGCUCUGACUCUUCAACUGUCUCCAGUGCCAUUUCUCCAGCUGAGAGGCCUCUCACCAGCUCUAGAGCAAAGAGCUUUUCUAGCAACUCCUCUUCUGUGCCUGACUCGUGUGUCUCUCAUCAUAAUUCUGUCCUUUCAUCACCAUCUUCACCUGCAACAGCAUUGCUGAGCUCUCCCCAAAAUUCCUCAGCCUCCAUUACUCCAAAGGCAUCUCCAACAGUGGAGAAAUUACCUUAUGUACCACACACUCCUUUUCACCUCUUCUCCUAUGACUUUGAAGACUCUCCAGCAUCUGUGAAAGAGAAGGAAACAGAAAUGAUGAGGGAAAACAGAUACAAUAGCUAUGGCAGCAGCUCUUACUCUUCUCCACGACCUUACGCUGGUGUGAGUGCCCCUACAACACCUACUACUCGUUAUGGGACAACUCUGUCACCACCUCAGGAGACCAAAUCUGACAGGCCAGCUUUGGGUGGUCUCCUUACAUCAUCUUUUCGGCAGCACCAGGAGUCCUUGGCAGCAGAAAGAGAAAGACGGCGUCAGGAGAGAGAAGAAAGGUUGCAAAGGAUAGAACGUGAAGAAAGAAACAAAUUCAAAUACAAAUACUUGGAAAAGUUGGCAGCAGAGGAGUAUGAGAAGGAGCUGAAGAGUCGGACUGUCAGCCGAGGCAGAAGUGAGCUGUCCUUGAACCUGAGAUCUCCUUCAGCUCCAUCCUCACCUGUACCCAAGUGCAUCAGCCCAGCAUCCACAGAGUCCCAGGAAGAGCUGAAGACCCCUUCCAUCCCAUGUGGAACUCCUCAGCCCUCAGAAGUGAGUGCCAGUGAACCCGAACCAGAGACAGAGACAGAACCAGAACCAGAGCAGGAGGCUGAGGCUGAGGCCAAGCAGGGAACGGAGACACCCAAGGAAAUAGAGGCUACAGAGGUGGGACCAGAGAGUGAGGUGGAGCAAGGAUCAGAGAGAGAGCCAGAAGAAAGUGCAAUACUCAGUGAAAAGGAGAGGCAGAAUGAGGAAGUGAAUGAAAAAGACAACUGUUCUGCAUCCAGUAUAUCCUCAGCAAGCAGCACUUUAGAGAGGGAAGAAAGAGAGGACAAGUUAACCAGUGACAAUGAAACUGGUCCAUGGUCACAGACUAUUCAGGAUGCUGGUGUGAAUGAGCAGUGCAGCAACAUCCUCAACAACAAGAGGUUUAUGCUGGACAUGUUGUAUGCGCAUAACAAAAAGCCCAAAGAUGAAGAGGAGAAGGAGCUGGAGGCGAAGGAGGAAAAGAAGGAGACGGAGGAAAGCGAAGAGUCACUCACUAGCCUAGCCAGCAGGAUCUCUAUUCUUCAGGCCACAAAGCAGGCCAAAGAUGAAAAUGUCAAAAAGAUGGAGAUUGGAAAUCUGGACAACCAAGGCAGUGUGAAAGCCUUUGCAGAAAAAUUUAACAGUGGUGAGCUGGCUAAGGGGAUAGCAGUGCCUGAAGAUGAAAUCAGUGAACAGGUCCCCGAGAAAACACCAGCACAGACAAAGAAGGAAUCUGAUUACAUCUGGGAUCAGCUCAUGGCUAAUCCUCGAGAACUUAAAAUCAAAGACAUGGAUUUUACAGACUUGGGGGAGGAGGAUGAUGUAGAUGUGUUGGACAUGGAUAUGGGUCCUGGGGACUCCCUUGCUCCCCCUCCUCCACCUCCACCUUCUUUUCUGGGUUUGCCUCCUCCACCACCUCCCCCCUUGUUUGGAUGUCCACCUCCACCGCCGCCCUCUGCUAAUUUAUUGGCUCCUCCUCCACUGUUCAGCACUCCUCAGGGUUUAGGGUCACCCCAGGUUUCUAGGGGUCAGCCAGCAUUUAUAAAGAAGAAGAAAACCAUCCGUCUGUUUUGGAAUGAGGUACGGCCAUUUGAGUGGCAGUGUAAAAACAACAAACGCUGCAGAGAAUUCCUGUGGUCGAAACUGGAACCCAUUAAGGUGGACACUUCCAAACUGGAGCAUCUCUUUGAGUCUAAAUCCAAGGAACUGCCUGUCACAAAGAAAACUGCUGCAGAUGGGAAGCGACAGGAGAUCAUUGUGUUGGACUCAAAGCGAAGCAAUGCCAUUAAUAUUGGCUUGACUGUCUUGCCCCCUCCCCGCACCAUCAAGACUGCUAUUUUGAACUUCGAUGAAUAUGCCUUAAACAAGGAAGGAAUAGAGAAAAUCCUGACCAUGAUCCCCACCGAGGAGGAAAAGCAGAAGAUCCAGGAGGCACAGCUGGCGAAUCCCGAUGUCCCCCUGGGCAGCGCUGAGCAGUUCCUUCUCACCCUCUCCUCCAUCAGCGAACUCUCCGCCAGGCUCCAGCUCUGGGCUUUCAAGAUGGACUACGAGAUAGUGGAAAAGGAAGUUGCAGAACCACUGCUAGACCUGAAGGAGGGAAUGGACCAACUGGAGCACAAUAAAACUUUGGGAUUUAUCCUUUCUACUCUGCUAGCCAUUGGGAACUUUCUGAAUGGAACCAAUGCCAAAGCUUUUGAGUUGAGCUACCUCGAGAAGGUUCCAGAAGUCAAGGACACAGUGCACAAACAGUCCCUCCUGCACCACGUCUGCACUAUGGUGGUAGAAAAGUUCCCAGACAGCACUGAUCUUUAUUCAGAGAUCGGGGCCAUCACUAGGUCAGCCAAGGUUGACUUUGAACAACUCCAGGAAAACUUGUGUCAGAUGGAAAGACGGUGCAAAGCAUCAUGGGAUCACCUUAAGGCUAUAGCAAAGCAUGAAAUGAAGCCAAGUCUAAAGCAAAAAAUGUCUGAGUUCCUUAAAGACUGUGCAGAAAGAAUCAUAAUCCUGAAGAUUGUCCAUAGAAGAAUAAUUAACAGGUUUCACUCAUUUUUGUUAUUUAUGGGCCAUCCUCCCUACGCAAUACGUGAAGUCAACAUCAAUAAGUUCUGCAAGAUUAUUAGUGAAUUUGCUCUGGAAUACCGCACCACUAGGGAACGAGUUCUGCAGCAAAAACAGAAACGAGCUAACCACAGGGAAAGAAACAAGACCAGAGGGAAAAUGAUAACAGAUUCCGGCAAGUUCUCCAGCAGCUCCCCGCCCUGCCAGAGCCAGCCCCAGGGCCUGCAGUACGCCGAGGAUGCUGCCGAGCACGAGAACAUGAAGGCUGUGCUGAAGACCUGCUCCGUGGGGGGGGACAGCACCAUGGCACUCGGUGUCCGCACUCGGAGCCGGGCCAGCCGAGGCCGUAUUGGUUCGUGGAAUGCUGGCAACGACGAUUCACCAAACGCAACAGAUGACGCCGCGGAUGAGAUCAUGGACCGCAUCGUCAAGUCUGCCACCCAAGUGCCAAGCCAGCGAGCGGUGCCUAGGGAGAGGAAGCGGUCACGAGCAAAUAGGAAGUCAUUGAGAAGGACACUAAAGAGUGGGCUAACACCAGAAGAAGCCAAAGCACUGGGCCUCAUCAGCACUUCUGAGAUGCAGGUUUGACACCCCAGAGGUGGCAACAAGAAGAGCCGACCAUCUGAAGCACACAGGCUGACAACCCUUCAGCGUGGCAUUGAACUGCCAGCCUCCUCUGCUGCUCCCAACAUCCUAUCCCCUGUUAGUUCAAUUUUAAUAAGCAACAAAAAGCAAAACCCCACAUCCAGGGCAGAAGAAGGGUGUGCCACAGCUCAGCAUGACAUCCAGACAGUAACAGAGGAUGCAUUUGAGUGUUCUUAAGUGAAAGCACAUGGCUUCUUCUUCUCAUGGUGUGUUGAUGUGGGUAGGAGGGGGCUCUCUAGUUUAUCUGUCAUUAUGUGAGCUGUGUUUACCUUGGCUUUCCUUGUGCCCUGUUUUAGUCAUUGUAAAUGUGUGGCAUUUUGUCAAUGCAAGGAACAGUCCUUAAAGAGGCAAAAUAACUCCUGUUACAGCAACCCAAAUUUUCCUCAAGCAGAUUCAUUAAGCAAAAAUGUACAGUCUGUGCAACCCUGUGGUUUGUUGGGUAUUUUAUUAUUUUGCCUCCAAAGAAUGUAAAAAUGUAUGUGUACCUUUGUAUAUGUACAGAAUGAAUGUGUGGACAUGUGUGCAUGUAUCUGUACAUAUGCAGUCAUGGUGUGAAAUCAUGCUUUUGCUGAAGCCAGCUGGACCAUGAUUUUCACUGUGGGGCCUUACUGUUCCACCUGGACAGGAGGAAAAGAAUGUCUUUUUUGCAGGAACUCAGUGUUGUUCAGUGUGAUUCACCCUGUGGGGCAGGCCGUGGCCUGCAAUACAAGUGGAGAGUUUAGGAUUCUGAAUUCAUGUGCAUUAAUGCACACACAUCCUGUGCACAGCAGCAUGCACACAGAGGAGAGAACACAGUUCCUCCCUCUUGUUGAGCUAUGGUUUUACUCUGCAUUUGUACAGUUUCAGAGAGAUCUACGUCAACAAUUUUACGUACUCGAUAAAUGCAUUUGGAUGCUAAGAUCAAGAAGUUUUGUUUCAAUUGCCUGUGCCCUUCAUGCUGCUUUUCUCUGCUGCAAGAUAAUGUGGUGGUGAUUUUAUUUCAGUUUAAUGAAUCUGAAUAUGAAAUAGCUCUGCUAAAAAGCCUGCUGUGUUUUUGCUGUUCUUUACUGGUUUUUUGUGAUUAUCCUUGAUACCAGUGGAGUGGGUACCACAGUAAACAACUCCAAGAUAUUUGCCCUUAUCUCACAGUUUUAUAACUGACUUUUAUAACUGCCCUCAGCAUGUUUGAAGAACUUUUAGUCAACUCACCUGCCUUUAAGUGGAGGACAUAUACAGCAGUGAAGAUGAAUUGAACAGUCACCCUAGCCAGUGCUGAAGUAUUUUAAAGAGAACUGCAAACAACAAUAACAUAAAGAGAACUCUUUAAGCCAAAGUCUGUAUAUGUCCAAUAGAUCCUCAAGGAUGCACAAGAUUGUCUCUUUCCAUUGCCUUAGCCUCUAAGAUUAAGGGUAUGUCUGCACAGCAGUAACAACUGAGACUUUCUUCAAGCUGGUUAACUGAGGAACUGCAGCAGUUUAGUAAUGGUAACAGGGUUCCAUUUUGGCUGCAAAACACACUUGGAAAAUAGAGUUAAAUAAUAGUCUAUGCUGGGGUCCUAACGCCAUAGCAAUGUUGCUUCUGGCACCCAGGCUAGGUCAGGUACUUCAAGUUAUUCUACUCUGCUCUCUUUAAGGACAGGAUAAUCACUGAAGAUUGUUCAAGAGAGUUGAACCAAACACAAUAAACUUCUGAAACCAUGGUCAUCCAUCACAUGCAUUGAGCACAGCAUCCAAGUGAUGACAGAGCCAGGGAGCUGGCAACACUGCAGUGAGACCUGUGGCUGAACAUCCUAACUGUGCUGUCCACUCUCUUGAUUGUAACAUUUCAUUCUUUAUCUGCCAAUGCCUUGGAUCUCCCAUAGAAUAAAAAGUCACUAAUGAGCAAUGGUUCUUAAGAACAGCAUUGAGUUUGAUGUGGUUUUCCCCUCAGUUUGUUAAAAAGCUGAUUUUACAAGUAGACAGAAGGCAGUAGUUGGGUAAUCAAUAUAAUAUGUUGUAUAUUUGAAGGCUGUGGAAAGGAAGAAGCUGGUUAGGAAACAGAAGGGGAAUAUAACUAAUUUCACUGAAAUGCUCACCUAUGAGCAUCUGGAUUUGAAAGUGAAUCUUUAUGUGCUGCUCACCACUAUGAAUUUUUAAAAUCUUGCUUAAGUUUGCUUAGAACAAAGAACUGAAGGUAAUGGGGGUUCGUGGAGGUGUUUGAAGUCUGAAACAAGAGGAAGACACCCUGAAUGUAAAUGGUCAUGUUGAACUGCGCUACUUGCUAAGUGAUAAAAAAACCAAAAACACAACAAAGUACAUUUAUGCUGCCAGAGAUCCUAUAUUUGAUUAGAGGGAGAAAAUCAAACAAUUCUUUAAAAAUUAAUAUUUUAAUUAAAAUAUGCUGAAUGUGCAAAAUUGGUGACCACUUGGCUGUUAGUGGCCACUUCCUAACAGGGAACAAAUUUGUGUUUCAUUUAAGCAUAGUACAGCGUCUGUCUCUGAAACAUACCAUAGCUGGUGAAUUUGGGCAUAUGUAUUUUCCAAAUGAUGCAAAAAUUUUGCAAAACUUUAUAUGCUCCUUAUCAAGGAGAACAUUAAAUAUGGGGAAUAAUAUAAGUUGGAGUAAGUUCAGUGGAAAAAAAAAGGUAGUUUCUUUCAGAUUCUCUGGAUCUUACAUUGAAGCAGGUUCUUCCUUUUCUGUUCUUCCAUGGCAUUUGUUUUUCUGUUUGUGCUCUUUAGCUAUAAAACUGAUAGCAACUUUUCUGAGGAAUAACUUGGUCUUGUUUAUGCAGUAGUAUACUGUCAGAUAAAUUCCACUGUCCUCACCAUUUAUUGCAAUAAGAUCAUCAGACACAGUAUAGCACAGUAACUACAGGAGAAAUUUCCAUUUUGGUUCCUGAUAAAAAUGACCAACUAAUCUGUAAGGGGGCAGUAUUUCCUCCAGAGUGCCAGCAUGCCCGGACUGUGGGAAUAACAUUUGUUCCCCUUCAUCUAACUAGUGGAUUCCAGAUGAAGUGGAGGAAUUCAUUAUAUCUGUGUGCUGCUCUCUGUCUAGUGAGGUUAUAACCUUCCAGUUUUGAGCUGCUGCCUGCCCUUCCAUCAUUGGGAGAGCCCACCAUAAGGAUGUAACACUUGUUUUAAGACAAGUUUUGUGUGAGAUAUGGACUGGUUUCUGGCAUUGGAUACACAAUGUAGUAACACAUGUUCCCAUUUCUCACUCAGAGAUCCAUGGAGGCUGUUUUUAAAUACUUGCAGCCAUAAGAACUACCUCUCUUCCCUUUCCGAUAGAUACAGUCAGCUGCAAAUGCAGUGCCCAGAGCACUGUGUCUGUUUGACUGCCACCAUAAUACCUUCCUGAUCUGGAUGCUGAGGUAAACUUCAACACAUGAAAUAACCUCCAAAGGGAAGCUAUCCUAAUUUUCUUUCAUCUCACUUGAUGUUUGAAAGCAGACUGCAUGCAAAUACUUUCUACAAUCUCACUCCCAAGUGGAGAUAAUGCUCAGCAGCAGUUGCGGUGAAGAAACCCCCAGGGAAUGCUUGGGUGCCACACUCGAGAGUAAAAGAUCCCUCACAAAAGUUAAAUUCACCACUCUUCAUUUUUCAGUCAGGCCAGGGACCAGUCUCAUGGAUUCCAGAUGUUUUAUAGCCUCUUGGCUGCUAUGUAUGACCUUUCUGUUUGAUAGCUCCUUGUCCAUAAUCCAAAAUCAACAACAAAAAAAAAAGAUGGUUUAAUGAGGGUCUUUCUUUCUCCCUUAAAUACUGGAAGCAGCUUCAAACAUGGUUUAAAAAAUACAUUUCUUUUUCUCUUUUGAAACCCUUUUUUAGUGAAUCUUUGCAGUGGUUGAUUCUGUCAGCAAAAUAACACAUCAGUUUUGUAGACAGACAAGACUUUGGCUUUAGCAUAAUAGAUAAUCACAAGUGAAUAUCAAGCUAUGAGUUAUUGUCCCAGUUUAACAGAAAGUUUGAGUCAGUCAUGAUGUGAGUGAACAACAAGGGCCUGCUGUAAGGUUCUGCAGGACAGCACCUUAAAUCCCUGGUGCGCUGUCCUCUAAAUGUACCCUGGCCAACACUAAAAGCGAUUGAGAAAUUACAUUUGAGGACUUCAACAACCACCACAACCCUGAGGGGUACAACGCCAUUGUAGGUGCAGCAGAUUGUUCCUUUUCUCAGGAAAGGUGCUGCAGCAGCCUCCCUGGGGAUGUAACCACAGCAAGUGGCUGUCCAAAAUGGUUUGGAAACCUUGUGGCUGAUGGCAGUAGUCUGUGUUCAGGUUCACUGUGCAACUGUGGUUAUUGCAAUGCUUUGAUUUCACAGAGAUUAAAUGGGAACAAAGUGCCAGCCCACCAGUUUUACAUCCUUCAUCUUUCCACUGCAGCUCAUGGACAGGCACACGCACUGUCUGCCUCUAUUCAAAAGAUGCAUGAGGACAUGGUGUUAGGCAGAAGCAGGAGCAUGUUCCUCUCUCCUUUUCACUCCUGUAGCUCACUGCACAAGUUCCAAUCCUCCCGUUACCUUCAAGGCAGGCUCAAUGUGCACUGUGGGCAGCCUGACCCUGGGACGCAGACAGAUGGUGGCUCUGUGCCUGCAGCAGCAGGACGCAAGAAACACUUGUGUAAGCUGGAAGGGAUACAGAUGUUGAUGUUCAUCUGGAGGAAAAACUGCCAGGUACUUACAGGCUCUGAAAGAAAAUAAACUGAAGUGGUUUUGAAUGAGGAAAUGUUUGGUUGUAGGCAACCAUUGAAAACCAUUCACAAACAUUUGAGCAGCAUGUACAGCCCACCUUCCUUUGCUUCAACUGGGGCAGCAUCUGGGUCAUUUGGCAUUUCAGAUGUGACCCCAAGAAGAUUUUGGCAAGCAGUUUAAUAGUUAUAUAGAAAGAAGUUUCAGAGAUGUAUAGUUUGAUGUUUAUGCCAAAAAAAAAAAAUCUAAUUAGUCCAUUUCACAUUGAGUGGCAGAUAGAGAUAUAUUUUGUUUAAUCACAAUCUAAUACAGAGGCUUCUGUGAAAGAAAAGGUUUAUUUGUAGCAUUGGAUGCAUUUCUCCUUUUUAAAGACUGUCUUUGCGCAUAUAGUGUCCUUUUUUGUGAGCUGGGAAUUGUAAAAAAAUGUAAAGUAGAAGAGGACGUGUUUCUUAGACAAAGGAGAAAUACUGUAAAAUUGUGUAAAUGUCACUACUCAUGUUUUUCCAUGUUCUGUGUAGCAUAGUGUAAAAUAGGCUCUCCAGCAGUGUUAUUCUGUGAAUUGUAAUUUAAAAAACAAGCCAUGCAUGGUCAGAGAUAUUAUCUACAGGUCCUUUUGGUUGAGUUUUUGGUUUUGUUUGUUAUUUUCUCAUUUUAGGUGAAUUCAUUCUAUGUUAAAUUUAAUUGUCCAUGAAAAUGCAUUUUUGUUUCUGUCCUAUUUCAUAAAGAACUUGAAUUACCCUUUUAAGAUUUUAUUACACACGAAGCUCACCUACCAUUUGUAUUGAUCCUUCAGAAGCUGUGUCACGUUUAGUAUAAACUAGGGAGGAUUUUAUUUUUAUCUGCCUCUUCUCCCCCCACUCUUCCCACUUUACUGUCUGGAAAGAUCCAAUCACCCUAUAUUUUUUUCUGUGCCAUGCAGGAUCAAUAUGGAAAACUGACCACAGACCAGUGUCCAAAAGUUCUUGAUAUAAGUAGUUAAAAAGCUCACCUCUGCAGCGUUAUGUAAACACAUCUUGCAAUAAAGCUUUAUAAAGCACUGACA